AUGAAUAAAAAAGAUAGCUUAAAUGGUAUGUAUGUUAAAUCGUCUAAUGAUUUGGGAAAAGAGGAGGACUUAUUUUUACCAAAAGACAAUGAAGAAAGGGAAGUAAUUAAAUAGGAAUUCAUACGUGGAUAAACUCAUAGUUAAUUAUCAUCAGCCGAAUUAAUAGAAGAAAUUCCUUUACCAAGACUAACACUAUUUGUGUAUUGAUUAGAAUGAUUUGAGUAGGUCCCAAAUGUCAAUUGAUGAUGGCCAAAAUUAUUACAAAAAACAGAUGUCUUUAGAAGCAUUAAGUCCUACUAAAUUUUCGCCUUUAAAGAAAUAAGGAAAGUAAGUUGAAUAAGGUCAAUAAGAAAUAUCAUAAUUUGAUGUACAAUAAGUUUAAACAAGAAGAAAGGUAAAUAAAACAAAUUAUAAUGUUGAUAACUCUCCAGAAGAAUAAGAUGAAGUGAAACCUUGUCAUUGUGCUAAAACUCAUUGUUUAUAAUUAUAUUGUUCUUGUUUUCAUAAUAGACGUAAAUGUAUGAGUGAAUGUAAAUGUAAUGAUUGUUAUAAUGAUGGAAAACAUGAAGAUGAUGUAUUAAAAGCAGUUGAAUAAAUUAAGUUAAAAGAAUAGAGAGCCUCUCAUCAUGAUUUAGAUUCUUUUGAUACAAAGUAAGUUUGGGGUUGUAAAUGCAAAAAAACUAAAUGUAUUAAAGGCUAUUGUGAAUGUUUUAUUCGUGGAAAAAAAUGCACAUCACAUUGUUAAUGCACUGAAUGUGAAAAUAGAAGGCAACCUUAAAAGAAAUAAAAAAAGACUUAAAAUAAUUAGAUAAAUAAGAAGAUAAAGAAAAAAACAUAGAUUUGA